CGGUCGAGAUGAUGAGGUAUAGACAGCAACUAGGACCCUCCAAAGGAUAUUCCCCGGGGCUGUAGGCUGCUAUUUAAGUCGGUUGAUGAAUUCAAUUGCGUGUUGUGGAGUUGGUGGCAAAGAGGCGAACAUAUUCCAUCUCCCAACUCAGAGCCAGGUCAUUGAUAUUACUUUAGCGUCCACAAUCAAAUUUCAAUAUGGCCGCCACAGCUGCAGCAACUUUUUCCAUUGGUUCCAUUGCUUCUUUUGGUCCCCAGACUUUCUCAGGAUCGAAAUCCAAGCCAUUCAAUGUGAGGUUCAAUUCUCCAUACUAUCUUCAAAGCUUUAGUGGUUUGAAGGCGACAUCAUCGGUAAGCUGUGAAUCAGAAGAAUCCUUCUUGGGCAAUGAAGGGAAUGCUGCUCUCCGUGCAUCAUUUGCACCAAGAGUGGAAAAACAAAAGCAGAGUUUUGGGAAUUGUCUCCAACCUCGGGCAUCGUCUUUUAAAGUGGCGGUUCUUGGAGCUGCUGGAGGGAUUGGUCAACCCCUCUCACUAUUGAUCAAGAUGUCCCCGUUGGUCUCAGCUUUGCAUCUCUAUGAUAUUGCAAAUGUGAAAGGGGUUGCAGCAGAUCUCAGCCACUGCAAUACCCCCUCGCAGGUUUUGGAUUUCACUGGGCCAUCUGAACUGGCCAACUCUUUGAAAGGUGUUGAUGUGGUUGUCAUCCCUGCAGGAGUUCCAAGAAAGCCAGGCAUGACCCGCAAUGAUCUCUUCAACAUCAAUGCGAACAUUGUCAGGAACUUGGUUGAGGCUGUUGCCGAUAACUGCCCAGAUGCUUUCAUCCACAUCAUCAGCAACCCAGUUAAUUCUACUGUCCCAAUUGCUGCAGAGAUUCUCAAGCAGAAGGGGGUGUACAAUCCGAAGAAGCUUUUUGGUGUUACAACUUUGGAUGUUGUCAGAGCAAACACAUUUGUUGCGCAGAAGAAGAAUCUGAAGCUCAUUGAUGUUGAUGUCCCAGUUGUUGGAGGGCAUGCUGGAAUCACUAUCUUACCGCUGCUGUCAAAGACAAAGCCAUCAGUAAGCUUUUCAGAUGAAGAAGUAGAGGAGCUAACAGUGAGAAUUCAGAAUGCUGGGACAGAGGUUGUCGAAGCAAAAGCAGGUGCUGGGUCAGCAACACUGUCUAUGGCAUAUGCAGCAGCAAGAUUUGUAGAGUCAUCUCUCCGAGCUCUGGAUGGAGAUGGGGAUGUAUAUGAGUGUUCAUUUGUCCAGUCGGAGCUGACCGAGCUUCCAUUCUUUGCAUCGAGGGUUAAGCUUGGGAAGCAAGGUGUUGAAGCUGUGAUAUCUGCUGAUGUUCAAGGGCUGACUGAGUACGAGGAGAAAGCUCUGGAGGCCCUGAAGCCAGAGCUGAAGGCCAGCAUUGAGAAGGGCAUGGCAUUUGCCCAGAAGCAGGUGGCAACUGUUUGAAUGCAGGAAAGAGAACUUAGCCCCUUAUGUGGGCUAUGGCAGAAGAAAAUAACAAGAGCUGGUUUCAGAGGCGAACCAUGCAUAGCCAUUGCUUUUCAGUUUUGUAGCGUAGAACAUAUUCUUAUUUUUGUCAUGGGGAAAUUGCUAUAAAGAGAAGCAUAAAAUGAGAUAAUUGCCUUUUCGGUUACAAAGAAUUUAGCAAUUUGGUUAGAAAGGGGCAGCAUCCGCAUGGUGCCUGCCUCCCUAAAA